CCACACGUGUCGCCGGACCCUCCGGGCCUCCUGAGAACAUUACUUCCCUGCCCCUCCGCGGGGCGCACCCCCGCUGGCGCACGGUAAGAAGAGGGCGGUUAUCUGCGCGGUAUCGUACCGGAAGUCCAGGCACGAGCUGAAGGGGAGCAUCAAUGAUGCCAAGUGCAUGCGUUACUUCCUCGUCAACCGCUUCGGUUUCCCCGAGGAUUGUAUCCUUAUGCUCACCGUUGAUCUGCAGAAGAAGAGACUGAUCGUUUUAGGAAUCCAACUAAGCAAAACAUAAGGAUGGCAUUGUAUUGGCUUGUCCAAGGUUGUCAAACAGGAGAUUCAUUAGUAUUUUACUACUCCGGCCAUGGUUCACAACAAAGGAACUAUAACGGCGAUGAAAUGGAUGGCUAUGAUGAAACCAUUUGUCCGCUGGACUUUGAAACACAAGGGAUGAUUGUAGAUGAUGAAAUAAAUGCGACCAUUGUUAGACCACUGCCUUUUGGAGUUAAACUUCAUGCCUUAAUAGAUGCAUGCCAUAGUGGCACUGUCCUUGAUCUACCAUUUCUCUGCAGAAUGAAUAGGAACGGGCAAUAUAUUUGGGAAGAUCAUCGGCCCAGGGCUGGUGCUUGGAAAGGUACAAGUGGCGGUGAAGCCAUUUCAUUUAGUGGUUGUGAUGAUAAUCAAACGUCUGCUGAUACCUCGGCUCUCUCAAGAAUUACAUCGACAGGGGCUAUGACAUAUUGUUUCAUCAAAGCCUUUGAAGAAGGCCACGGUGCUACAUAUGGAAGCAUACUUAGCUCCAUGCGAUCAACAAUCAGGAAUACAACUGGAGCAACUGGCCCAGUUUCGUCGGUGGUCACCAUAUUGGUAUCAGGAGGAAGCUUUGGGGGACUGAAACAGGAGCCUCAGCUGACUUCUAAUGAGCCGUUUGAUGUUUAUCAGAAGCCAUUCUCCUUUUGAUUUGUGUGGCAUGCUGCAGCUCACGUAGCAGGGGUUGAGUUGUGAUUUAAACCAUGAAGUUACUAAUAUUAUUCAUGAUCAUGCUGAUAUACUUUUAAUCUAUUAAUAUGAAGGAACUUGUAAAUAAUGUAUCCAUAUGCUUGUCCAUUUACUGUUUAUAUAAGCCAUUCUACCUUACAAUUGCGUGGCAAGUUGCACACAUGUAGCAGGGGUUUGCUAUUGAGA